AUGCAGCUCCCAGUCUCCCCCGUUCCCUCCAGUUCAAACGACGGCGGUCAUGAUAGUUCUAGCGCACCUGCCCGCACCCGCCCACCUCACAUGAUCUCGAAGGCCGAGGCGCUCCUAUACUACUCAGGCCUACCCUCAAGACCGAAACUAUUGUACCGCACGGGGAAGGAGGAGUGGUUUCCGAUGCACCCUGACGACGAUCAAUUUCCCGCUGACAAGGAGGUGCUUGAAGUGUUCGGCCAUCCGAUAGCCAAACUCUGGAAGCAAGGCUUGGGUUGGAAGGUCGUCAACGUCCUGGAUGCCCACAAAAUAUUAUUCACGACCAUAGACGUCGUCCGCUUCAAUGUGAUCGACGUUAGCCCAAGCUCUGGCGUAAAUCCUCUGAGCCCGGUCACCAUCUGGAUCGGGGUCUUUCCCGGGUCUACCUCCAUCGACACCGCGCGCGCUGCCAGCGAGGACAUUCUCACCCUCCUCGACGCGCACGAGAUCGCCGACGUCAACGUGGAGUACCGCGAGUCCACGUACACGCCCAAGGCCGACUCCAGGCCCACGCUCCUCGCGCCCGUCCCCGCGAGCAGCCCGCUCUGCUACGUCCUCGGCCCGCUCACCUCCGCCCUCGGCGUGCCCACCGCGACCCCCGCACGGGACGGUGUCGAGGGCACGAUGGCCGUCUACCUUGCCGAGGGCGGCGGCAAGAACCGGCUGUUGGGCCUCUCGUGCCGUCACGUCUUCUUCGGGCCCGAGGACGGCGAUGUCGACUACGACAUCCUCACGGGCGACGGUCCCCGCAGAGACGUCCACCUGCUUGGGGAGGUGGCCCUCGCGAAGCUCGAACGGUCUGUCAGCUCGAAGAUCUUCCACCGCAACUUCUCCGGCCAACGGCUGCGAGACGAGUUCGGGACGCUCGCUGCGGGGCAGACGGCGGAGCGCGGCCUGUUGCAGGAGAAGCUGGGGGAGAACGCGCAGGCGAGGGAGGCGCUGGAGGCUUUGCUCGCGCGUGUCCGGGGCGGAGGGCCUUCGAGCCGGGUUUUGGGCAACGUCCUUCGCGCGCCGCCGCUCCGCUUUGGGGUGGGCGAGGACCGGUUCACGGAGGAUUGGGCGGUGUUCGAGGUCGAUCGCACGACGCUCGGCGCCGGUUUCCGGGGGAAUGUGCUCGACAUCGGAGGCUCGUACAUCGGCGAGCUCCACUACAUGUGCAGACGGUGUGCUGGUGCUGACAACUGGUAUUUCCAAUACCCCAUGGAGACGCGCCUUCUCCCCCUCACCGGCGUGCUCUCCGACGAGCUCAUGCACGCCCCGGACAUCUGGGACACCCGGGGCGGCGCACCGCGCCUGGCCGUCUUCAAGCACGGCGCCGCGUCGGGCACGUCCAUCGGCCGUGCGAACGGCGUGCUCUCGCUCGUUCGCUGCUACCCCGACCCCGACGACACGUCCGUGCACCGGACGUCAAUGGAGUGGGCGAUCUUGAACGGCGGACCCCGGUCGCAGCUGUUCAGCGAGCCCGGGGACUCGGGCGCUGCCGUCGUUGACCUCCGCGGCCGCGUCGGCGGGAUGCUCACCGGAGGGUGUGGGGGUCCGCGCCGGGGCCGUGGUGGGCCGGACGUGACGUACGCCACCCCGUUCUGGUGGAUCCUCGAGCGGGUGAGGGCUAGUGGGUUCCCGGACGCGCACCUUGAAAUCGCGGGGGCUGGGUACGGUGGUUGA